AUGUCUGGACGCGGCAAACAGGGUGGCAAGGCUCGCGCCAAGGCCAAGACCCGCUCCUCCCGGGCCGGCCUGCAGUUCCCCGUGGGCCGCGUGCACCGCCUGCUCCGCAAGGGCAACUACUCGGAGCGGGUGGGCGCCGGCGCCCCGGUGUACCUGGCGGCCGUGCUGGAGUACCUGACGGCCGAGAUCCUGGAGCUGGCGGGCAACGCGGCCCGCGACAACAAGAAGACGCGCAUCAUCCCGCGCCACCUGCAGCUGGCCAUCCGCAACGACGAGGAGCUCAACAAGCUGCUGGGCCGCGUGACCAUCGCGCAGGGCGGCGUCCUGCCCAACAUCCAGGCGGUGCUGCUGCCCAAGAAGACCGAGAAAAGCAACUCCAGAAAGGUUUAACUAGAGUUAUAUAUUAUCUGAAAACAAUGGGGAUGGAGAAGUGGCUGAGUUAAGAACAAUUGCUGGUCCUGUCAGAGGUUUAUAGUUUAACUCCUAGAUAACAUCAGCUUCCAGGGUAGGGGUGGGUGUCACUCAUGCUAUUCUGGCGUCCCGGGCACUGGCACAGAGACACCAAAUUUACACAGGAAUUGAAAAAAUGAAAUAAAGGGCAGAGAGCAACUAGAAUUGAAGGCCUUAGUCUCGCUGCCAUCCCACAGGUUGAGUAUCCAAUACCUGUUAAUGUCCUGCACCUAACUACG